AUGAUCCGCUACGUGCUGGUGGUCAAUCGCACCGGGCAGACGCGCCUUUCGCGCUAUUGCUCCGGCGCAUCGAUGUCCCCGGAGUCGCGCGCCCUCUUUGAGGCCACUCUCGCGCGACUGUGCCUUGGCCGAUCCCAGAGCCAGUGCUCCUUCUUUGAGCACGGCGAGCACCAGGUUGUUUAUCGCCGCUAUGCGUCGCUUUUCUUCAUCAUCGGGACAGACCGUGACGAUAAUGCCCUCGCCAUCCUGGAGCUGAUCCAUCAGUUUGUCAUUUCCCUGGACUCCUUCUUCGGCAACGUCUCCGAGCUCGAUCUGAUGUACCGCAUGGAUAUGGUGUACUCGCUGCUGGAUGAGAUUGUCACCGCGGAUGGGUCGAUUGCUGAGACCUCCCCAGCUGCCAUCGCCGCGCCCCUGAGUCUGGCUCUCGGCGGAAAGGCUGGUCUCUCGGUGACGGACCUACUUGACCCGGCCUUCCAUUGA